AUGGCGGCGCUACCAAGCGCGCGGGUGAGUCGGGUGCUGCUGCGAGAAGCGACGAAGGCAGAUCUGGAUCCUUCUGCCAAGGAUGAUGGCCAUCCCACCUUCGAACGCAUCGAUUUCUCCUCGGCGGUGCCCGUGGAUCUACUGGGACUUCGGGGAUCAAUGGCCUUCAACAGCAGCACACGUUACGAACUGAACGGCGGGCACCUGGAAAAUGCUGGAGACCGGGCAGUGCUGGUGCAGACCAAGGGAAAUCUUCAGCGGCUGUUGAAGGCCGGUUUGAAACUGGAGCAGCAACUUUCUGAGGCACAGCUCCAGCCCGGCUGCUUUGGCGAGAACCUCUUCGUGGACGGCGAGAGCUUCGACGCCGCGACGCUCUGUGUGGGCGACGUGCUCCGAGGCUGGCGCGACGACCGACCCACUGAGCUCAGGUUGCAGAUCGCAAGUCCCAGGUGCCCCUGCGGCAAAGUGGAUGAAAAACUGGGCAAGACCUGCACCUUGAAUGGAGUACGCGCACAUUGCGCCAGGACUGGCCUUGCAGGAUUCUUCUUGCGCACGCUGAGCAAGGGAGACAUUCAAGACGGUGAUGUCUUGAAAGUCGUGGAACGGCCGCACCCCGAGUGGACUUUGUCUCGGGUUAGCCAUUUGAUCUAUGGCAACGACAAGGCCGUGAUGCAGUACCUCCUCCGAAGCCGAAAAGCUGCAAAAGAUCUGAAGACACCAGUCAUUUUGCGCGAGGAGUUCAUGGGAAGUCAAUCGGAACUGGAAGAGCUGGCGACGCUCGAGGCAUUGGCCAUCUUUGAGUGGAGGGAAUACCUAGUGCAGAUGUUAGGCCAGGCGCCCAUCGGCCGCUACAAGGCCAAGAGCCGCCGACGAAGCCCGGCCAAGUGGAUCCUGGUUGCUGUCAUCAGCGUCACCGCGUUGGCAGUGCUGCGACGGCGGAAGCGCGACUGGCUGAGUUGCUGA